AUGUCUUUGAGACUCGCGUUCGUCCUGGCUCUGCUGGCCAUGGGGCCCACAAUUUUUUGCCAUGACGUGAAGACGGAGAAAGAGAUGCUGAAGCAUGAGGAAUUGCUGCGAAAUAAGAUGACUCAGAUGCUGGAGGAGGUUGAGGGGAGCACGGGCACGGUGGAAGGCCUGCUUCCUUCUUGCCUGCAGCAGCAUUGGCUGGUUUGGGGUCCUGCAGCAGCAGAAGUGGUGCUGCUCGCUUGGCGCUGCUGGCUAGCCAGGAGAAGGAAGCGUGCCUCUGCCAGCUGCAGGGAGCAGGAGAGAUGCAGCCCCCAGAAUCAAGGCAAGGAGCAGCAGAAGAAACUCCACUGGCUGUCCAGGAGAAGGCAGUGUGCCUCUGCCAGUGUCAGCUCCUUGGCUGUGCCAACCCCCUCACCAGUGGACCCAGUUAAGCCAAACCUGCCCAGCAAGUGCAAGCUCCUGAAGGAGCUGGUGGGGGAACUCCUGGAUGUCUGCCGAGCGCUUUCCAAGACCAACUUCACGCCGGAGCUGCAGGCAUCUCCAGGGACAGACAGCCCUUCCGAAGCCUGGAGCAUCGACCAGAACAGCAUCAACUACUGCCUGCUGGUGAUCCUGCGACCACCCUAUGGGCACUUCUUCUUCCUGGGCACCACGGAGCAGCUGCCAGCAAGUCACUCCCGCAUCCGUGUGCUGCUGGAGUGCACGUGCUGGAGGAAGCAGCUGCUGGGGGAUAUGUCCUGUUUGCUCCACCCCACUGGCAAGGAUCGCAGCUUGAACCUGCGGGACAUCCUGUGCACAGGCAACUACCUGGAUGUGGAGAAAGUCGCCCACUGGCUGCAAACGUUGGUGGCAUCAGCCUGGCUGCUUUUGCCUGCCUCGCAGCACUGCCAGCUCACGGUGCUGCCCUCCUGCCGGUCCUGCAGGUUCCAGCUGACAGGCAUGCCAGGCAGGCAGAUCACCACGGAGAUGGUGUUUGCAGUGGAGCAGGGGAGCUCAGGCGCCUACGUGUGCCUCGAGUAG